AUGUUAUCAAUAAAUCGACAGAAACGUAAUUUACCAUCUGUGCCAAGUGUUACUACUUCAAAUCAAUUGCAAUUACGUCGUGCUAAUUCUGAAUCUCGUUUUAGUCUUCCAGCUGUUCCAGUUCCAUUACCAAUAAUAAUUCCUCAACAAAAUCUUGAUGAUGAAAGUGAUUUACUUGAAAUUGAUCUUAAUGAUCCAAUUGGUUCAAUGAGUAGGACUUUAUGUUCAAAAACUGAAUUUGAAUAUAAAAAACCUAAUGAAAACUAUCAAUAUCCAGUAAAAUCAAUAAAUGGUCAUUCAUCAAAUGUUAAACAAUUACGAGAUCAAACAACGAAUACUCCUCCAAUAUCAAAUUUAAAUUUAUCCAUAAAAUCAAAGAAAAAAUUAAAAAAGAAAAAUUCAAUUUCAUUAAGUAAUACUAAUGAUCAAAUUAGUUCUUCAACUAUUCCAUCAAUUCCAAAAUUACAAAAGAGUACAAGUACAGAAAUAACAUAUCCAUUUCCUGUAACAAAAUUAAUUUUAAAUCGAUCUCGACAUGGUACUUCUACUGAUCUUGGUUUUCGUAUAACUGGUGGUCAUUCAAUUUCUAAUUGCACGGAAGUAACAGCAUGUAUUGAAAACAUUAAUAUUCGUCAUCGAAAUUAUGAAAUACUUAAAAAUAUUGUUCAAGAAGGUGAUGAAGUACUUGAACUUGGUGGUGUGCCAUUACGUGGUAAAAGUGCUUUAUUUGUUGAAAAUUUAAUGAAUACAAUAGAAAAUGAAUUCGAAAUUAUUGUUCGUAAUCAAUCGAUUAAUACAAAUUCAGAUUCAUUAUUACCAAUAGAUACAAAUAGUCAUCGAAGGCACACCAUGGAUAUAUCACAAUUACCAUUAAGUGAAUCAACAAAUAAUACAGUUACUAAAUCAAAAACAACAUCAAUAUCUUCACUUGAUCAAACAUCAAAAAUAAUAAUUGAUGACACUCAACAGAAACAACAACAAGAACAAAAUGUUUUAUCAAAAACAAAAUCACUAUCAAAUGAAAAAUCAACAAAUUUAUUUUCACAUCGUCCUCGUUCAAAUUUAUUACCAAAUGAUCGUGGACUAAAUGGUGUUGAUAGUAAUAUAAGUAUUGAUCAACAAAAUUCUAUUGAAUCUGAUGAAACUGAUAGUUUAUCACAAUAUUUUCAUUCACCACAAAAAUUAAAAAUAACUUCAAUGACAAAAGGUAAUACAUCAAUAGCUCAUGGACGUAGUCAAAGUGUUAUACCACUUGCAAGUGAUAUAACAAAUGCAUCACGUCGUUUACAAAGUUUUCUUAAAUCUGAUGUAAAGCGUUCAUCAAAAGAUUCAACAAAUACAGAAAGAAAAUCAUCAUUAGCUUUAGCAUCAUUACAUUUUUUAAAGAAAAAAACAAAAUCAGCAGAUUUUUCUAAUCAAAAAAAUAUGAUUAUGAAUCAAUUACGUGAAAAUCAUUAUGUUGGUGAUAUUGAAUUACAAAUACGACAUGAUUGUGAACGAGAACAAUUAGUUGUUGUUAUUAUUCGAGCAAAAAAUUUAUUACCAAAAGAUACUAAUGGAUUUUCAGAUCCAUUUGUUAAAGUUUAUUUAUUACCUGGAAGAGAUGCAGAAAAUAAACGUCGAAUUAAACAUGUAUCAAAAACAUUAAAUCCUGUAUGGAAUCAUACUGUUAUAUAUGGAAAUAUGCAUCGAGAAGAAGUACAAUAUAAAAAACUUGAAUUUACUGUUUGGGAUUAUGAUCGUUUUAAAGCAAAUGAUUUUCUUGGUCAAGUAAUAAUUGAUUUAAAAAAUCCAAAUGUGAUUGAUGAUAAACCCCAUUGGUAUCGUCUUCAAGCAUUACGUUCUCGUGAAGAAAUAACAAAUCGUAGUUCAUCACCACGUUUAAAUAUCUUGGCAUCAGCUGAUUCAACAAAUUCAUCAACAUUAACAAUAAAUAAAAAUUCUGUGAAUACGCAGCCACGUACCAAUCAACAGAAAUGA